CUCCAUCCGAAAUUAUACACCUUUCUAUGCGGCUGUUUUGCUGCCUUUGGAUCGUUCACAUAUGGUUACGACUUAGGAGUCAUUGCCGGUGUAUUGGAAUCACCCGAUUUUCUUCGUGUGACGAAUUUGGAAGGCAAAGAUGAUGAAACUGCGAAUUAUCUUGGAUUUAUUGCAAGUAGUAUGGUUUUAGGAGCUUUUGUUGCUUGUUUGCCAACAUCAAUAAUUGCCGAUAAAUUAAGUCGUAGAACAGCGAUUGUGAUUUCAGCUUCUAUUUUUAUUUUUGGUGCAAUUUUGCAAGCAGCCGCUCAAAAUCGUGAAAUGAUGAUGGCAGGACGUGUUAUAACCGGUUUGGGUAUCGGUGGAUUAACGAUGCUUGCUCCGCUAUAUCAAUCUGAAAUCGCUCAUCCUUCUAUGCGUGGUUCUCUUACAACGCUACAACAAUUGUUUUUGGGAAUUGGAUCAUUUAUUGCAAGUUUAAGUAAUUAUGGUCUCUUGAAGCAUCAUUUAGGCACAGCAUUCCAAUGGCGAUUUGCUUUAGCAUUGCAAAUUGCUCCUGCGAUCCCUUUGGUGACAUGCAUGUUCUUCCUUCCUGAAUCACCAAGAUGGCUUAUGCUCAAAGGACGAAAAGAAGAAGCACAACAAACAUUAGCAAGAUUACAUGCAAGAAAUGAAUUACAAAAUCCAUUUGUACUUUCUCAAAUGACAGAACUCGAAGCAGCCGUUCAACGUGAUCAAGAAGCAGAAAGAAAGCAUGGUGGAUGGAGUUCUUUAUUUACAAAUCGUCAAACGUUUCGCAAAGUUUUACUCGGUAUCAUUUUACAAUUUAGCGUUCAAAUGACUGGUGUUUCGGCAAUUCAAUAUUUCUCACCAACAAUCUUUAAAGUUUUCGGAUUUAGUGUCGAACGAUCUUUACUAUUCAAUAGUAUCGCAAACGUUUUCGCUUUGGUAGGCGAAUUUUGCACCGUCAUUUUCAUUGAUCGAGUAGGAAGACGACUUCCUUUGAUCGGUUGCAACAUUGGAUCUGGAACGACAUUCAUCAUCGGAACUGCUUUAAUGGCAAUCUAUCCUGCUACAAAUGCAAACAAUAAUAAAGGUGCCGCUUAUGCAUUCGUAGUGAUGACUUGGCUAUUCCAAUGGUUCUUCUCUUUCGGUAUCGGUCCACUUUCAUGGACUUAUCCUGUGGAAAUUUUUAGUACAGGAAUGCGUGCACGUGGAACAGCAGUAACUACGAUGGCAUCUUAUCUUAGUAACUUUAUGAUUGGUCAAGUUACUCCUAUUGCAUUGGCUAAUGUCGGUUGGCGAUUUUAUUUGGUGUUUGCAAUUUGUGGCUUUACGAAUGCACUCACAAUCUUUCUCUUAUUCCCUGAAACAAAAGGACGCACACUUGAAGAGAUGGAUUUGUACAUGGAAGAAAUGCCUUGGAUCGUUGUUGGCAAAUCAAAAGCACUUGCAAUUUCGACAAAAGAACGUGAAGCUCAAUUA